ACCGUGUGCACACACAGGCCGCGCAGCAUGGCCCCGCGCGCGCAGACGCUGGCGCGGUCGCUCGGUCUCCUCGCGGCCUGCGCCCGCGGCGCGGCCGGGCUGCACGCCUCGGCGGCGGCGCCGGAGGACGCCCCCGAGCCCGCGCCCGCGGCCACCUACCGGACGCGCGCCCACGAGCGCGAGGCCGCCCGGGAGGCCGCGCACCUGGCCGCCUACGAUGCCCUGCUGGGGGCGCUGGGUCGGGUCCCGAGCAUGUUUCACUCGGAGCACAUCCUGAGCUACGUGCGCGACAAGGACUACGGGCCGUCGCUCCUGCACGGGGGGUGCCUCUACCUUCCGAGCAACGCGGCCUGGAAGGAGUUCUACAGCUACGUGGGGCACCCGUACCCCCCGCUCUUCGCGGAGAUGGUCGCGCGCUCUUUCUUCGCGAAGUGCGACGCAGAGGCCUCGGAGGCGCAGAGGGGCGCCCCCGAGGGCGGCGAGUGCGCGGACGGCCGCAUCAGGGGCCCCCACAAGUGUGUCGAGGUUCGCCGCGUGGGGGAGGUGCAGCACCAGGGCACCACCAUCCAGCUCUUCGAGGCCGACGGCCACGUCGCCCUACCCUCCCAGUGGAAACACCACAUCCACAUCGACCUCGUCUCGCGGUCUGACGACACGCUCCGGAGGGCGGAGCUAGCCGAGCGGGACCUCCCCAAGGACAAGUGCAGCAAGUCCUGGCAGCUCCCGGCGGUGCCAGAGGGGAGGAAGCUCGUGGUGCCCACGCAGUUCAUCGUCUGCUCCUCCAAGUUGUCGCACGCUGGCAUCAACAGGCCCAUGCUGCUGGACCAGGCCAGAUGGAUGAACAUAGCCUACUCUGGGAGGUCUACGUAUUCGCCGAUGGCCUUCGACCACGAGGACAUUCCCGAGGCGGACAUGCAGAUGGAGUUCGACCUAUUCAAGAAAAAUUGCACGCCUACCGCUUUUGAAGACUGCGCCCGCAUAAUAUUUGCGCACGACAAGGAGUGCGCCGAGCAAGCUUUCGUCGAGUCGAAGUUCGUUGCGAGGCACAACCACGAUCCUUUCGGCCUGUUCACGGUCAUCUUCGUUGGUGACGACAAGUCUGGCAUCUUGGGAAUGGCGGAGUUCCCUCAGCUCACUGGUGAGGGACAGCGCGAGCUGGUUGUCCGCGUCUCCACGACCGGCCUCCGCCACUUCUCCAGCACCAACAAGGCCCUGAACUCGACACGGCCUACGACGAGGGCGACACUGUCGUCCACGAGGCGGGGCACUCGUUGGGGCUCUACCACACGUUCCAGGGCGGCUGCGCGCUGGACGGCGACAACGUGGCCGACACGCACCCGGAGGCAUUCCCGAAUUACAAGUGCACGCAGCCCAAGAGUUGCGGCAAGGACGACCCGGUGCACAAUUUCAUGGACUACCCCGAGGACGCGUGCAUGGACGGAUUCACCGAGCUCCAAAAGCGGCGGGUUUGGUGCGUGUUUGAGAAUUACCGCCCCGAGUUGUUCAAGAAGUCCCUGGUAA